CUGCUUUCCUCCCUUUGCCCACCCACCCCUCGUCCUCCGGCCCCCCCCCCCAACAUCUCCCACCGGCCCCCAUGCAGCCCCUCCAGGGCGGCGUCUGAUCCCGGAGCCUUCCCGAUUCCUCGGCGCCCAGCCAUCCUCCUCUUCCUCCCGCCACUCUCGGCCAAAGGACACCUCAAUUCUUGGUUCAUUACAGAGGGGGAUGGAAAAUUCUUCCGUGGCUUCUGCCUCUUCUGAGGCAGGAAGCAACCGGUCACAAGAAAUUGAGGAGCUGGAAAGGUUCAUUGACAGCUACGUUUUGGAAUAUCAAGUCCAAGGCUUGUUGACCGAAAAAACCGAAGGGGAUGAAGAGAACGAGAAAACACAGUCCAAUAUCUCGCAGUGGACCGUUGACUGUAACGAGGAAAUAGAAAGCAGUAUGUCCAGCUACAGAGGCAAGGGGUCAGCACCCCAUAACCAAAACCAGAAUGGCAACAAAAACAACUCUUUGGACAUGUUGGGAACAGAUAUCUGGGCAGCCAACACUCUCGAGUCUUUCAGUGGGGCAACCUGGGAUUUGCAGCCCGAGAAACUUGACUUCACACAGUUCCACAGAAAACUUCGCAACACUCCCAAGCAUCCUCUUCCACAGAUAGACAGGGAAGGAAUUGGCAAAGGAAAAUGUGAAGAAGGAGAUGGAAUCAACUUAAAUGACAUUGGAAAAGUUCUCCCAGCCUGGCAGGGCUGUCACCCAUUGCCACACGAAGCAGAGAUUGCACACACCAAAAAACUGUUCAGGAGGAGGAGGAACGAUCGGAGGAAACAAAGGACUCCUGGGGGAAACAAGCCACAACAGCACUCAGAAAAUCAGCAAGGCACCACCAAGCACAACAAAGAACACCAGAAACCUUCACAAGGAGGAGGCCAAGCGCCACACCCCUCGGGGCGAUGUGGCCACCACGGCUACAGCCAGAACCGGCGGUGGCAUCACAACCAGAAACACUCUCCCAAUGACAAAGAGACGCACCGAAACGCCAAAGAGACCGAGAAUCUGAAAAUAGAGGAUACCUCGGUCUGCACGGUGCACAUCCCUCUGGAGAUGCACCGCAACAACGAUGGCACCGAGAGGCCCUCGCCGCAGUACCUCCAGGAUCCCGAAAGCAAACGGAAGGACAACCUCCACGAACGGAAAAACGAGAGGCCCAAAGUUAACUUGCUGCAGUCUUCCAAGGACAGGCUACGCCGGAGGCUAAAAGAGAAGAUGCCUUGUCUUUCCCUUUUCACGGAUCAGGACGAAGUGGUCGUGGAGUCCACAGACCCACAAAGGAACAAAAUGGACAAAUUAAUUGAGAUCCUCAAUAGCAUGAGGAAUAACAAUAGCAGCGGGGUAGACUCCAAGCUCACCAACUUCAUGGAGGAGGCUCAGAAUUCCACCAACUCCGAGGAGAUGCUGGGCGAGAUCGUCAAGACCAUCUACCAGAAGGCCGUGACUGACCGUAGCUUCGCCUGCACGGCGGCCAAGCUGUGCGACAAGAUGGCUCUCUUCAUGGUGGAUGGCACCAAGUUCCGGAGCCUUCUUCUCAACAUGCUUCAGAAAGAUUUCACAAUGCGGGAAGAGCUGCAGCAGAGCGACGUGGAACGCUGGCUGGGAUUCAUCACCUUCCUCUGUGAAGUCUUCGGCACCAUGCGGAGUAGCACCGGGGAGCCCUUCCGCGUUCUUGUCUGCCCCAUUUACACCUGCCUCAGGGAGUUGUUGCAAUCUCAGGAUAUAAAAGAAGAUGCGGUUCUUUGCUGCUCAAUGGAGUUGCAAAGUGCAGGCCGGCUGCUGGAAGAACAGCUUCCCGAGCUGAUGACGGAACUGCUGGCCACCGCCCGGGACAAGAUGCUGUGUCCCUCGGAGUCCAUGCUGACCCGGUCCUUGCUCCUGGAGGUGAUCGAGCUACACGCCAACAGUUGGAACCCCCUGACCCCCACCAUCACGCAGUAUUACAACAAGACAAUCCAGAAACUGACAGCUUGAAGGCAGCAGGCGGGCACAGCCCAGUGCCGGGAGCAAGACACGCACUUUAAAGAAACAACACAAAACACACAUUGGGAAGCUUCUAAAAGGACGCAGGAGCAGCGCUCGAGUUACAGGGACUGGAGAAGAGACGCCGUGACCGUUCAGUGGUCCGAUUCCUUAAAAAAAGACAACCCCGCAGCAUGUUUUAAGAAUACGUUCAUUGGGGCGAAGCAUGUCUUUUUCCAGUCGCGUCCUCAGGUGCCGCCCCCCCCCCUCUUCCUUUCUUCCCUCUCCUCCCCGCUGUGGUUUUGUUGAAAGCUCCCUUUUAUGCAACCCGCGGCUCAUCGGCUCAACUGUCCCGCCAAGCUAUUGUUGCGGCUCAGGAGGAACAUGGCCGGUUGAAUAGAGACUUGGAGGGCAAGAACGGAUGGUCUCCGAAGCAUUGUAGCAGCUUGCGUUGGCCAACUGGCGGGAGGCAGGCCACAGCAGAUGUCUUUGGGGGAGAGCAGGGAGGAGGGGGGGGGAAAGACCUUUUUCCACCCCAGAUGCUGGUAACUGACAGCUUUUGUCAAGCCAAAAGAACAUCCGCUCUUCAUCCCUCCCCACCUUCCUUUCCUUGUGUCUUCAAAGGUUGGUCUCUUUAGCUGUCCUCUGUGGCUCCCUACCCCAAAACCUCAUUCUAGAUUAGACAUUGAGAAGCGAUAUUUUUUUUCCUGCCCUUUUUUUGGGGGGGGUAUUGGGGGGAAGGUAUUUGCAUUUGCACUGAAUAUUAUUUUCCUUUGUGGGUUCCCCCCCCCCGUUCUAUAAAUAUAUGUAUAUAUAUAUGUUUGUAUAUAUACAUGCACAUAUUCUUAUAUCAGUGCUUCCCAAACUCUGGGUAAAUAGCCUACCGCUGGGUAAAAGUGGGUUUUUCUUUUUGGGUAAAGCUAACACAACCCCAUCACUCAAUCACAGAAGGGACACUGAAAUUGAUUGAAAGGGUUUUUGUGUUUUUGAACCUAUCUUGAGCUGAAAGGACUUUCCGAGAGAUGGUUUUGGGGAAUGAAACAAAAUUUGGGAAGGACUGCCUUAGAGGAGCAGACGGCCUGCUGUUUUCGUUUUUUGACAAAGUGAAAGUCCACGGUGAUGUGAGAUUGCAGAGAACAUGCAAGGAUCUCGAAGGGAAGGGAGCCCAGGCCAAACGCCACUCAAAAAGUAUUAUUGCCAUUAAAAUGUCUUGCCAACAGGUUUGCGGUGAAGAGUCUGACUCUGAACAGACUUGGAUGCAAUUCUCUUCCACAGGGGUCUCCAACCUUGGCAACUUUAAGCCUGGCGGACUUCCAAAUCCCAGAAUUCCCCAGCCAGCUUUGGGGAAUUCUGGGAGUUGAAGUCCGCCAGGCUUAAAGUUGCCAAAGUUGGAGACCCUCUGCUCUUCCACAUGUUCUGAUUUCUAUGAGAAACCCCAGGGCUAUACAGGGUAGUCCUCAACUUGCAACCAUUGGUUUAGCGACCACUGAAAGUUACAACAGCACUGGAAAAAAAAGGACUUAUGACUACUUUUCACACUUACAACUGUUGUGGCAUCCCCAUGGUUUCAUAAUCAACUAGCCUGGGUUUAUGACGGUUGCAGUAUCCCAGGAUGAUGGAAUCGUCUUUCACAGCCUUCUGACAAGCAAAGUCAGUGGGUUAGCCAGAUUUGUUGAACAACUGUGUUGCUUAACAGCUGCAGUGUUUCACUGAACCACUGCGGCAGAUGGGGCAAAACUCACUCACAGCUGUCUUGCUUAGCAACAAAGAAAUUUUGGCCUUAACUGUGGUCGUAGGUUGAGGAUUACCUGUAUUAGCUUUUUUUGCAAGGUUUUUGACCCAAGUGUAAAAACUCUGGGAAUUCCCACGCACCCACAUUUCUGAAUAUCUUGAACCAGCUCUCUUACCAGUACAUCUAAUCCAGAGGUGGGGAACCAUGGAAUUUCUGGGGGCUGAAAUCCACAAAUCAUAAAGGGGCUGUGGUUUCCUCACCCCUGAUUUAGUCAAUGUUAAAAAAAGACGAAAGCAUGUCCCCUCCGCUGGCAUUACGCAACCCUACGUUCCUUAAGUAACUUUUUUUUUUUUCAUUUUAGAUAAGUGUUAUUUAUUUAUUUUUUGAUCAAUGGGGAGCAGUCGCAUCACAACACCAGUGUUACUUAUUCAUUUAGAUCAGCUGGCGGGGAGAAUUCCGGGAAUUGAAGCCUCUGCCUUUUAAAAUUCCCAAGGGAAAGAGACAACUGAUCUAAAUGAAAUAUGCCAGCUCCUCGGGAGCGUUUUAAGGAUUUAAAUUUAAAGCUGGAAAUGUAAUGAAAUUCUGGACUGAACAUUUAAUGUGGAAGGGGAAAAUAUUGUCACCCUGCCAUCUGUUUUCUAAAAUAUCUGAAUGACUGUUUAAAUAUUAACCUAUGUGAUAUCAACAUAUCAACUCUGCUGUGCUUAACACAUUUGGUGUUUCUCAUAUUAAUUAUAAAUAUAUGGAUUGGCUUGAAUUGUGCAGAGAAGCAUACAGGUGGUCCUUGAUUUACAGCCCUUUGUUUUGCGACUGUUACAACCGCACUUAAAAAAAAAGUGACUUAAAACCAGUCCUCACACUUACGGCCAUUGCCACAUAGUCAUGUGUUCAAAAUGUAGAUGCUUGGCCACUGCCAUGUAUUUAUAACGGUUGCGCUGUCCUGAGCUCAUAUGAUCGCCGUUUGUGACCUUCUCAGCCAGCUUCCGAUAAGCAAAGCUGGGGGAAGCCAGAUUCUCUUAACAACUGUGGCAAAAGUGGUCCUUGUUUAAUGGCCAGAUGAUUCACUUUAACAACUGCAGUGAUUCGCUUAACAGC